CCACCAUCCACCACCAUCCUCGGCGCUCGCGUAUACAAGUAUUUUUCUGGGAUGGAGGAUAUCCGUACUAUCAGCGGAAAAUAUACAGAGUCUGCUCGUCACAAACAGUCGUAUUUCUGGGGUUUGCAGCUCAGACCAUCAGAUUUUGACAACUUUCGUCCUGCAAUCAACUUGAACGCGAUAAUUACUCUUUUAAAACCUCUGAAGGAAGAGAAUGCCGAUGAAGGAGGCGAAGGAGAUUAUGACGUACAUGAUGAAGCACUUGAAGUCGACGGAGGCGUAUGGGAAGCUGAUGUCGAAGUUGAACAACACAUGGGGAACAAGCGACGACGCUCUGCUUCUGCAUCACCUGUAAAGAGCAAGAGAAGGAAGGUUGCCGAGGGCGGUGAUGAAUUGGAUGCUGAUGAUCAGUCAGAAGACUCAGAACCAUCCUUGGACGGCUCCUAUGGAUGCGAAGACGACUGGCAAGACCCAGCUUACAAGCAGGUGUACCCAUGCAUAUGUGAAGAACGUCAUUACGAGGAACCAAAAGUUGAUCCCGAAAGCCAGUUUCUACCAGUCUUCACAUACUCUUUCGAAAUGCGUUACACGAAAUCAGCCCAAGGUGAUGACAACGGCUCUUAUGUGCCCGACCAAGCAGCGAAGAAACUUGGGUGGCUUAAGGAGGAACAUGAUCUCCAAUCUCUAUUUACUGCGCUAUGCCCUGACCGUUCUCAACCUCAAACAUUUGACCUUGGCAGGUUCUGGGUUCAGAACUACAAAACGCGCCUAUUAGCUCUUUCGGGCGAGCCAGACUGCCCCGUGAACCACUAUCCUGAGGAAAUCAAGGAGAAAAGUGAGCGGUGGUUCUUCCUCCUUCCUCAAGUUGCAUGGCCAGACGCACCCGAAGAGGAAGAGGAUGGCAUACAACAGCAUGGUGAUCUUCUCAAGGCACUCUUCACCUUUCAGUCGUUAGGUCGUGCGAAAAUCGAGACAAGCGUUCAUGUGAUCACCCUUCCUGAGGGUGACUACGACCCUGCAGAGGAGUUACCUUUUCGGCUAUGCGCACAGUUCAACGUGUCCAUCAUUGUGCCUAGAUUGUAUGAAACAUUUGACACCAAGAAGAUUUCCCAGAAGCGCGUCUCCGAACUCGAAGGAUUACAGAGACGCUUGAUUGCUCUUUUUACCCUAACAUCGGUAGACCACCCGCUAUUCGACAGUGAACAUGAUACAAGAGGGGACACAAGUAUUCCAUUCUUCUACAGCAUUCUUCGCCCAGCACCCGCUCUUUCGCAAGGCGUGACAUAUGAGUCUCUCCAGCCUGAGGGCUUGUUGCCAGUGCUCUUACCCUUCCAACGGCGUAGUGUCCAGUGGAUGCUCCUACGCGAAGGGAAGACAAUGACUCAGGAAGGCGGCGUCAUGCCCUACACUGCUCCUCAGUCCCGGUCACUCAUGCCUCCAUUUUGGGACAAGAUCUUUCUUGGGGGCCGGGAACACUUCUUUAAUACACUCGUCGGCAUCGUAAGCCCUUCUCCUGUAGAAGACAACGCUGCACUAGGGGGAAUACUUGCAGAAGAGCCAGGGCUCGGGAAGACAAUUGAGUGUAUUUCUCUCAUUCUACUGAACCCCGCACCAGAUCGCAAUCCUACCAACACACGGUGGGAUGCCGAAGCUAAGCUUGAAGUGAAGGAGAUCAAGACUACUCUCAUUGUCACUCCCCCUGCACUCGCACCUCAAUGGGCAGACGAGCUUGCUGUUCAUGCCCCAGGACUCAAGGUUCUCAUCUACGAUGGUUGGUCCAAAGUCGGCGUGCCCAUCACUCUGGAUGAUGUCGAAGACGAACGAGAACGACGUUACAGUGCCCAGAAGUACAAAGCUGGAAUAAACGGAUUCAAAGUUCAAAAGACCAAGAAAGGGAAGGCAAAGGCGAUUGACGAUGAAGAGGACGACAUACUUGAUUGGUGCUCCUAUGUGAACACAUUUGAUGUCUGCAUCACGACAUACAACGUACUCCGUCAAGACUUGACUGUUGCCCGCGCACCGCCCAAACGUCCUCAUCGUGCACAAGUGGAGUACUCGAACCUUGACCGUCCUAGAAGUCCCCUUGUCAUGUGCGAGUGGUAUAGAGUGAUUAUGGAUGAAGUACAAAUGAUGGGGACCGGUAAAUCCGAAGAGAUGGUGUCUUUGGUCCCUCGACUAUCUUCGUUUGCGGUGUCUGGAACACCAGCCCGUACCCAGGUUUCUGACCUCAUUCGUGUUUUAAGGUUCUUACGUGUCGACGAUGUCGUCGGUCCGACCCGCGUGUGGAAUCGUUUGAUGAAGCACACAUUCAAGAAACAAUUCGCCGACCUAUUUCAACGAUAUGCUAUUCGAACACUCAAGUCCGCAGUCAAAGACGAAUUAACCAUCCCGCAGCAACGAAGAUAUCUUGUUAGUAUUGAGCUAGGAAGAGUCGAACGCCACGUUUACGAUCACCAUCUCGAGGCAGCAUUAGUUGAGCUUGGUUUGGACGCACGCGGAGUCGCUACUUCUGAAGGGUGGCAGAUUGAUGCUGCUCUGCUGCGGAAUGUGUUGAGAAAGCUUCGUGGUAUCUGUACUCAUCCUCAAGUCGGACAAUUGCAGCGGCCAGGUGAUAAGCUAGCUAAGCCUGGUGCCCUCAAGAGCAUCGGCGACGUUCUCGAGGCUAUGAGAGACCAGAACUGGCGUAAUUUCAUGGAUGAUCGUAAGGCGAAGGUUCAAACCCUUGUUCGCCUUGCCCAGCUCCAGCAACACAACGAGCAGAACCUUGAUCGAUACCAACGUGCUUCGGAUUACCUCAUAACGGCAGAGCAAGAAGCAAACGGGAUAAUCGACGACAUUAAGACCACCAUAGCAGAACACCAAGUCAAAGGAGAAGCGCUGAAAAAUGAAGCACGAGCUCUCAGAGAAUCUCGCCAGCAGAACCUUCCAGACCUUUCAAAGAUCGACAAGGGCAAAGGAAAACGAGCAAUGUCACCUCUCACCGAUGUAGAUGAGGACAUGGAUGACGUUGAAGACGUUGAAGACCGAGGUCUUCCCAAGACCCCCGCAGGCGAAGAGCACAGUAUCAAGCGACGAGCCCUGCAGCAGCGGCUACGAGAGUGUCUGAUAGUUUUGCACCGCGUCAAAUUUUUGCAGGGAGAUGUGUAUCAUGUUCUAGGUGCAUCGCAAUCAGAUAAGGAAGAUGCUUCGUAUGCUGCAGCCGAGACGCUGCGAAAAAAUCUGCUGAAAUCGACGGAAGAGAGUGCCAACAAAGUAAUGAACCUCCUGCGUGUCGACGCUACUGGACGAGGCGUUACCGAGGAGUCCUUACAAAUUCCUCUUCCUCUUCUUGAUAAAAGCGGAAUCAAGUCGACGCAUCUCUUUGAUGAAGCCAACGAGAUCAUAGAGCUCGCAUUGAAUGAACAGACCGCUCUUCUGUGGGAGUGGCGCACUUGCAUCUAUACUUUGCUAACUCAGAAGUUGGCAGCAAAUAAUGACCAGGCCGAUGGGGAGGAGUACUCUCGUACAUUGGAAACUCAGGGCGAGGCCGAGAUAUAUAUGCAGGCAUAUGCCGCACUGCUUGCGGAUCGUAGAGAGGCGAUUUCUUCCGAACGAACGCUCCUUGCUGCCCAUGAUGCGCGGGAACACAAGGUCCGACGAACGAAAGCAGCCGCAAGAGCAGCUGCUCGGGCAAUGUCGGAAGAUUUCGAGAUUCCUGAGGAUGUCGAAGUUCAACCUCAGCAUGAAAUCUUGCACAGAGACCUCACAGAGCAGCGUAAAGAUCUCCAUGACCAGUUUUCAGGGAGAGCACUCCGAUCUAUCAUGGUCGAUCUGAGUGCCGUAGCAGCUCGCAUCACAUCUGAGAAGGACCCUGAGAAGGUCAUCGCUAAGGACGGCGCAACCUCAUUACGGACCUUGAUCACGCAGCAAGUGACGCUCAUGGACAAGCUUGAUGCUGACUUGAGUCAACUGCGGAAGAUCUUCAACGAGCGUAUCCUUUAUUUCCGUCAACUGCAGGAGAUUUCUGAUACUGUCACAGAAGUUCUAUGGGAGGGUCCCGUUGUAUUGGCUAUGGAGGAAUGCGCAGCUGAGCGAAUGGAAUUGGAAGGCAAAAUCAACACAUCCCGCGCGCGUCAGCGGUACUUGAACCAUCUAGCAAAAAACAAAGAAGAGGGAAUCACUGACGAGGAUGACGAGGCUUGCAUUCUGUGUAGAUGCGACUUUAAGCGAGGAUUCAUUACACAAUGCGCGCAUGUUUUCUGUGAGGGAUGCAUGAAGGCUUGGGUCACUCGCAAAACGGGAAGAGCUUGCCCGGUUUGCCGCGUCAUUAUCAAUCUCGAUCAAUUGCAGCGUUUCACAGUCGAAGCAGACAAGCCUGCCCCUGCUAAACCCGUCAUGGUGAACAAAGAGGCCGUCCCGGUGUCUCGAAGAGAAAUCCAAUACAACAUAAUAAACCCUACAAUCUUUGAGGAGAUACAGACUAUGGAAUCAAAUGGAAGUUACGGCAGCAAAAUACAGGCACUGGUCAGACAUCUGUUGUAUAUCCAGUGCACCGACCCAGGUGCCAAGAGUAUUGUAUUCUCGGCGUGGGCUGAUUCACUGCAGAUCAUAGAACAUGCCCUCAACUGCAAUGGCAUCCUAUAUUUAAGACUCGACCACGCAAAGGGCAAAGGCAAAGACAGUGGCGCUAAGAAAUUCCGCACAGACCCUGCCCUACAAGUACUGUUACUACACGGGGAGAGAGACAAUGCUGGAUUGAACGUGACUUGUGCCUCCCGUGUGUUCCUCGUCGAAAGCGUGGUCAACCAUGGUUUCGAAGUUCAAGCUAUUGCACGAAUCGAUCGUAUGGGGCAGGCUAAACCGACGGAAGUCUUCUGCUAUUACGCCGAAGAUACCGUGGAGAAGAAUAUUCUCGACCUAGCAGCUCGGCAAGGCCUCUCACUCUACACCAAGGACAAUUCUGCUGGAACACUCAACUUAACACCCUUCGCCAUGGACGCCGGAAAGAAGACCGUCGAAUCUUCAGGGAAGAAGAAGCAGGUACAAAAGGGCGACUUCAUCUUCAAAGUCAAUGACAUGCUGGCCAUCUUGUUCCCUCAUAUGUUCGAGGAGAUCCAAUACCUUCUUCCCUCAGAAGAACCCAGCGAUGAGAUCCCUAUGGAAGUGGAACCAACGGGGUGGAAUGAACAGCUUAAUGCAGAAGCUGGACCUUCGAGUCUCCCAUUUUGAGCCUCAACCACCUUCCACAUUUAAUUAUAUAAUUACAUAAAUUCAUAAAUUUCAUACGAGUGCGGAAACAUGAUGCUUGCUACUGGAGCUAAACAUAGAUUAUGGGAUGCGAUGCGAUG